AUAUUAUAAAUAGACGUGCAUUUAAUAUUAAGCUUCUAUUCGGUAUUUAACUUUACUAAUUUAUUUUAUCCUUAUAUAUUUUAAAGCAUGCAAAUACAGUGGUCUAGACUCUGAAAUAGCAAAAAGAGAUCGAAGAGCUGGCUGCUACUUCGGACAAAGAAUUAGUCUAGCUAUUCAAAGAGAAAACGCUGCCAGUAUCUUUGGAACCUUGCCUAAAGGAACUCCUAUUAAUAAUAUAUUUUAGUUAUUCUAUUUGAAGAUGACGAUGAAACAACUGAAAUCGACGGGGAAAAUGAUGAGAAAAACCUGUCAGCCGAAAAAUAAUGCUGAGGAUGAACAAAUAGAGGCAAUAUCAAGAGGCGAAUUCAGGGAAGAAAAGGAAGUGAUGUGCUAUAUUGCCUGUAUUAUGAAAAUGGCUAAUGCGAUUAAGAAUGGCAAAUUAAACUAUGAAUCAGCUAUGAAACAAGCAGAUUUACUACUUCCAGAAGAAAUAAAAGAACCUACAAAAGCAGCCAUCACUGCAUGUAGGAAAGUAGCUGACUCAUACAAAGAUAUAUGUGAAGCUUCGUUCCACGUUACAAAAUGCAUUUAUAAGGAAAAUCCGGAUGUGUUUUUCUUCCCUUAAUAAAGGAGAUGUUGAUUA